GCUAUGCAGGGGGAAAGCCUAGGGACGGAUGUGCUGCUGACAGCUCUGAAGGAAGAAGGCAUAGGACAGACAGACAGACAAGGCUGUAGGAUUCCUGAAAUCCCCAACACCCCCACCAGGGGCUUCGCUCCCCCCAUGGCUGCCGCUAACAGCAUUAUCGUGCUGGAUGAUGAUGAGGAGGAGGAUGAAGCAGCUGUCCAGCCAGGGCCUUCCUAUCCACCUCCAAUUCAGGCCCCACCCCUGGCAGCAGCCUCUGAUUCCCUCCAGUCCAGUGGGGAAGGCAGCAGCAGUAGUGGGGGCAGCAAGAAAUGCUACCAGCUGGAGAAUGAGAAGCUGUUUGAAGAGUUUGUUGAUUUGUGUAAGAAGCAGACUGGAGAACACCCUGAGGUCGUCCCAUUCCUCUGUAACAGAAGGCUACGUGCUCGACCUACGUUUUUGGCCUCAGCUGAGCUCCGAAAUGUGCUCUCUAGAGUCCUCUCCCGUGCCCAAGCCCGGCCUACCAAGCUCUAUGUCUACAUUAAUGAGCUUUGUACACUGCUCAAAGCCCACUCCACCAAAAGAAAGGUACCCCUGACCCCUGCUUCCACUGAAUCCCCUGGGGAUGCACCUCCUGCUGAUCCUUCCUCUAACCCUGCCCCUACUGAAGAUACUGCUCCUGACUCCCCACGACCCCGAGGUUCACGGAGGCAGAUCCAGCGCUUAGAGCAGUUGCUUGCAUCAUAUGUGGGAGAGAUAAAACAACUACAAGAAAAGGAGCUGGACCUUUCAGAGCUAGAUGACCCGGACUCUGCAUAUUUACAGGAGGGGCGGCUGAAACGUAAGCUGCUAGGACUUUUUGGGCGUCUGUGUGAAUUAAAAGCAUGUAGCUCACUGACAGGCCGUGUGACUGAACAACGGAUACCAUUCCGGGGCACUCGAUAUCCUGAGGUCAACCGCCGUGUGGAGCGUCUCAUCAAUAGGCCUGGCCCAGACACUUUUCCAGAUUAUGGAGACGUCCUUCGGGCUGUGGAAAAGGCAGCCACGAGACAUGGCCUCUGCCUCUCCCGGCGACAGCUCCAGCUCCUUGCUCAGGAUGCUUUUCGAGAUGUUGGGACCAAGUUACAGGAGAGGCGCCAUCUUGAUCUUGUCUACAAUUUUGGCUGUCACCUCACAGAUGACUAUAGGCCAGGCAUUGACCCUGCAUUGUCAGAUCCAGUCCUGGCUCGGAGGCUUCGGGAGAACAGGAGCUUGGCACUCAGUCGGCUCGAUGAAGUGAUCACCAAAUAUGCAAUGAUGCAAGAUGAGAGUGAGGAGGGUGAGAGAGAGAGAAGGAGGGCAGCCCGGCUUUCCCAAGGAAAUUCCCCUCAUAACGAAGACCUUCAAACAGCAUCCACAGACUUGGGAGAGGGCCCUAGUGGAAAAAAGUCCACAACUUCCCCUAAGGUCUCCAAAAUUGAGACUGAUGAGGAUGAGGAAGAUGAGGAUGAAGAAGAGGAAGAGGAAGAUGAGGAAGAUGAAGAGGAGCUCACAGAUUCAGAGGAAGAGAUGGAAGAGAGCCAAGAGGGUAUAGAGGAAAAUGAGCCAGGUAAGAAUUAUAUAGAUUCUCAGUCUCCAUCUCAGAAGACUGCUGAGCAGGAGCUGGACCCUGAACGGGGAAGCAAUAGCAGUAGUUCUUCUUUGGAGGAAGAUGAAGCAGGAAUACCUGGAAGGAAGACACCUGUUCCCAUUUGCCUUGAAAAUGAAGACAAUGGGGAACAGUUCCCAUUAGAAGACUUGUCCCAGGAUGUUGAAAGCCCAGCCUCCCAACUAUUUGAGUUGGUGAUUGAAGCCUUACCCUUGGACACCGUCCCCUCUCCUGAGGAUAGGGACCUCCCUUCUCCCAAGAAGUGCCCAGUACCUCCCCUCCCUACCAGCCUCCUGGAGAAUGGGGCAACCACUAUUACCUCUAAUUCCUUCAAUGGUGGGGUGUCUCCUAACACCCUGAGGGUUCCUAGUCCCCCCCUCAAGAAGUCUCGGAAGGAAGACAUAACAGAAAGAGAACUAAUUGAACACAGCUGCAUUGAGGUUCAAACUACAGAUGAACAAGAGAAUGGGAAGAGGUGUCACCUCCCCAGUGCCCCCUCCCCCUUGGCUUCUUCCCUGGUUCCAGUUGCUGACUCUUCCACUGGAGCAGAUUCGCCCAGCCAUGGCUUGAUAACCAGCUCUAGGUGUAGCCCUCAACCAUCCAGGCCCCCUAGACCACAAGCUCCCAGGCCUGGAGUCUGCAAGAUGAGUGUGGCAACACAAUGUGACCCUGAAGAGAUCAUCAUCCUCUCAGACUCUGACUAGCUGUCUGGUUUUCCCUGCCCUCACUUCCCACGGUUUUAUUUGGGGGGGAGGGGGGAGCUGAGCUGUAUUCCCUUUUUGUUGGUGUUUUGAAAAAUUAAUAAAAACUUUAAAGGUUUAUAAAAAUGAAAAUAAAUAAAUA